AAUAAUGUUUACAAAGAAGAAGAUGAAUUCAGCUCCUCGUGAAAACUCUAAGUUGGUCUCAUCUCAGAGGAGAAAUGAGUGUAUACCACCUCAAGGUGCCCCAAGAUAUCCAUGUGAUAUUAGCUCAGACAAACCAGAGAAUAACACUACCUUGGUUGCUCAGACACCCUCUUGCAAAAUAAUUACUUAUUCAAGAAGAAUUGGUACUAAAAGUAAAAAAUCAGCCGGUAGUCCUUCCACUCUCAGCACUCUCAUCAAAGAAGGUAAACAUAAGAAGGUUGGGAUUGAAAACCCAAAACAACCGACCAAGCACUUUGCUAGUACUACUACCUCCUCAAAGUCAUGGACAUACCAACCAGUUGAAAAUUGUGAUACUAGCAAUGCAAAAGAAAUACUUUUGCCCAUCUGGUGGGGAAGCUUGAGCAUUGACAAUGACAACUUUGGGAAUGUGGGGGUAUGUGUGGUUAACAAGUCAACCAAGCUUUCUUCAAAUGCAUUUCAUGCUGUAACAUUGCUCCAUGCACAAAUGAUCCCAAGGCAUGAUGUUUGGCCUAACUGCUUCGAUACUUCUCCACCAACUGACGACAUCAUAGACCUCUACUUUUUAUCAGAAAGUGAAAGUGAUAAUCAGUUCUUUGGCCGCUUGAUAGAUUAUAUGAAUGAUCAAGAUUUUGGCAUAAGAACUGCUGUUGGUGACACAAAAUUUCUACUUUUUUCUUCUCGUGUUCUUCCACACAUAUAUUGGAGAUACGAUGAUAAAUACUAUUUGUGGGCUGUAAUCACUGGAGAGAGUGCUUCUUUUCCACAUGUUGCUGAAGAUUCUUACAAAGAACCAGGUCAAAGUGCCUAUAGUAAAAGCAUUUGUAGCUCGUGGAUUGGCUGGCCACACAAUCUUGAAAACGAGUCUUUGGGUGAAAUCAACUCAGCUACUGAUUGUAGAGAACUAGCUGGGCAAUAUCUUGUGAAAACAUGCUUUGCUUCAACUCUUCGCUCUAUCAUAAAAAAGCACGGUGAGAUUACUCAAAACUGUAAUACAAUACCAAGUGGAUUUGUUACGUAUGUCUUGGAGAAGAUUUGUAGAGCUGUUCAAGAUUUCAAAGUCCUUGAUCUAAAAAAUUUAAGGCUCCACCAUUUGAGUUCUCUGCAAACAGUUAUCAAUGAGAGUGAACAUAUAAAUGUGAAUGUGGAAUGGUUGAAGAACUUCCAUGGCAAACUCAGUGAAGCAUGGAACAAGAUGAAGGAGUACGAGAAACUUAAGCUUUCCAAGCAAUCGAGAAUGAAGGAAAUCGAAUCAAAAGAAAUUGAGUCGAUGGAACUACGGUCUCAAAUUCAAUCACUGAAAGACGAUAAUGAGAGAUUAGAGGAUGAUCUUAGCAGAGCUAGAAGUGCAUUGAAGCGCUUGCGACCCAAUUCUUUAAUGGAUGGUUUGCUCUAGUUCUUUCUUUUGCAGCAACCCUAAACCAAAUAGGUUAGUUUAUAACAUUAGUAUAGGUAUUUAGCUUCUAACUCCUUAUCUUUUGCAUCUAUCUUUUACAUCAUGCAAUUAUUAGAAUCUUCAAAUAUGGUUAGUAAUUUCUUUUGAUUUUGUAA